ACGCCUCUCGGGCUGACGGCCUCUCGAAGUGUUGGGUAAAAAUGGCGGAGAGACAUACUAUCGUGUGAUUGUAUACGCUGGAUAAGUAACACGAAACAAAUGCAGCUGGUUUAAUAUUCAGAUGUCAGAUGAGGAUAAGCCGGUUUACUGUUCAUGUGGUAAAGUUUCUGUGGCCCAGACAAAGGUUCAGACCGUUGAUCAUCAAAGUGUAGGAGGAGUUCUCCUUGUGCCGAACGGGUUAAGCGAUUGCUGAUUGAAAAGUGCAGCACCGGUACACCAUUACACAACUCUUUCUGAUCGAGGACAUCUGUUGCCAGCCAUCUUCAAAGAUGUCUGACUAUCUGACCAGAGAAUUCCAGGCCCAGCUGACUACAACCAUGGACUCAGUCCUGAGGAGAACAAUGUCUGAAAUAAUGAAGAUCUUUGAGAACAGUCUACAUGACCAUCAAAUGGCGCUGGCGCAGAAGGGAGAAGAGAUUGUUCAGCUAAAAAUAAAGUUGCAGACCGCAGAGAUCAAGCUGAGAGGCAGUGAGUGUGGAGGUGACAGAGGAGCAGAGAUGAAUAUAAGUAAGAUUAAUGAAAUGCAUAGAGAUCCUGAAGAUGUUCUGAACGCCAUUGGACAAACUUCUGAUGUUCCUGAGAUUGACUUUGAAGUACCCGAUGACUGGUGUGCUCCCCUGGGCUCCGAGACCGCGAACAAGCAAGAGGAGGGUGUGUGUCCCAGCAUAAGACUGCGCCCGCUGUCUAUUGCUCUGUGGCACAUUCCGAACAUCAAGCAGGAGGUGGUUAACCGUGACAUUGACUCCCACCAGCGAGCAAAGGGUUGCAGGAGAUCGAAGAGAGGUUCCUCAUUAAACCAGGGGCACAAACACACUCAGGACGGAAGCUUAGCCAAAUGUGACCAAGGAACAACAAAAACAGUAAUAAGAAACGACAUGAAAAAACUGCUCCUGGACAUCAAACAGGAAUAUACUGACAGAUCUGAAGGUCUCAAAAGAAGAGGGAGGCAUUUAAGAAAAGCACAGCAAAAUACACUGAAGAGCAAAGGAGAUCAAAGAAAUAUCGCAGUAGCUGAGUCCAAGUCUGCAGAACGGGAGACGGUGAAAAGUAACCAUAAAAAAAGGUACUCCUGCAAGUUUUGUGAGAAGGUAUUUGACACAGAGUUUGGCCGAAGUGUGCACGUACGAUCACACAAGAGGUGUCGAGGUUGCAAAAAAGAGUUCCCUUUUCCAAGUGCUCUUAAGAAUCACAAACCAUAUUGUGGAAAACUCAAGAAAUUGUUGACAAAAAUAGCACAGUCCGCUGACCCUCUAAAACCUCAGUCCUCAGAAGAAUCGACCUCGCCAAGCAAAAAACAAGUGAUUAAGGAGGACAGCACGCCUUCUUCUAGCAACCACAGUCAAUCAUCUGUUCAGAAAGAUGCCUACACCAAAAAGCACUCCUGCGUACACUGCAACAAGAAGUUUAAUUCAAUUUGCAAGUGCAGAGACCACAUGCGUGUUCAUACUGGGGAAAAACCAUUUCCUUGCGACUUGUGCCCAAAGAAAUUCCGUGUUAAUCAGUCACUCAAAGUACACUUAACGAGAAUGCACCAAGACAAGAGUUCCAGUGAGACUAACGGAGGACUUGCGUGGACUGAGCCUUUAGAGGAGAUUGAAGAUGAUCAAGAGGAUUUGAUUUCUUCCAGCAAAGACACGCGUCAAGCAAUCGAUGUUCAGAGUGAACACAACCCAGACAAAAAGCCAAGUCGACAGUGGCAAACGAUGGGCACACGCUGCUCUAAUGGCUUUAGCUGCCUGUUGUGUCCAAAGAUUGUGAGAAACAAGUACAUGCUGACUGAACACUUUCGCACCCACACAGGAGAGAGGCCCAUCAAAUGUGACCGGUGUCCCGCAAAGUUUCAUUCUAACUGGCAGCUUAGCGUGCACAAAAAAGGGGGCUGUAAUCCUCUGAUCCAGUGUGAGAAGUGUGAGAAGAACUUCUUCUCACGAACAAGGUAUAAUAAGCAUGUGUCUAAAUAUCACAAGGACUGGUCUAUUUUCUGCAAGUUUUGUGGAAGAGGCUUCGUGGUUGCAGGACGCCUCAGGAACCAUAUGGAGCGUUGUCAUAAGUAAGCCCAGUAUACAGCUAGCAUCACCUUUCUGUGGACAUUGAAACACUGGAUGUUGUCAUUAAUGCUGGUUGAUGGUGAAGAUUCCCUACAUAUAACAUGUUUUGAUGGCUUAAGUUAAGCUGCUCUGUUGGGUUUUUUUUUUUUUUGAGAUGUGAUUUAUAUAUUGAUUUUAUGACUAUAUCCGUAAUCCACAUUUCCUUCAAAUAUGGAAACAGUACUGUAAAACCAGUAAUAACAAAUCAGGUGACUGAGGGAUUCUGAAAAUGACAUGUCAGCAAGAUAUAAUUGGGUUACCAAAUUAAAAAUGUGUACUUUAUUGAAAGUAUAAGUAAUGUAAAUUCAAUAUUGCCUUAAAGCAGACCUGCUCUUUGACUGUAGUAUUCGCCACAAUGGUCUUAAUACUACCUUGGUGGAAGCUGUAUAACAAUCGCUACAUAAAAUUCUGUUGUCUCACGGUAUACAGUAAAUCGCCAGAUCCCCCUACCUGGUUGUAUUUACUAAAAAUCAGAGCUUGUGUUUUUUGGAAUGAUGUUUUAGCAGAAUUGGAGAAACUGCAUCACUCAAAAAGGCUUUCAGAUCACCCCAGAGUGUUUGGUGAUUUUGGAGUCAGACCCAGCUUUGUGAUGUUGACUGUAGUUACUGGACAAAAUUUGAUCCUGUAAAAUAUCUCCUGCUACUUGACAGAUAUCUGAAAACGUUCCAUUGUUGAGGACUUUUUACGUUCAAUGUUCUGUUGAAUUUUCAUUUGAUGCUUGAGUUCUGAAACAAACCAGAGAAGUGAGCAUAUUAUGUCAUUGUAUUAUGUCAAGUGUUUUAUUUGUAAUGGUUGUAUUAUUUCACAAGGACAUGUAUUAAAAGAGGAAGAUGUAGUGUUACAAGCCCACUGUUCUUUUCUUCUUUUUUUUUGUCAUUUUAAUAUAAGUGUUAUGUUUUUAGCUUGUCAACAUUACUCCAAUAAAAAGUUCACAUUGUGCACCUUGUCU